AUGCUUAUAGAAAUAUUAGAAGAAGUUCCAGAGGUAAAAGAAAGACAAAUUGAUGGACUCGCUCCUACUUUCUUAAAAAAGCCUGCAAUUCGCCAAGAAGAUGAUGGAAAGCGUCUUCUUUUUGAAUGCUUAAUCAAGGCUGAUCCAUUACCCCAAGUUCGAUGGUCCCAUAAUGGAAGUCCUGUUGAAGAUAAUACCAGGCAUAAGUUGUCAGUGCAAAAAGAUGGCCAACAAUAUUUCGCUUCCCUUGAAAUUAAAAAUGUUACCGUAGAGGAUGCCGGUAAAUACAAGGUGACGGCCAAAAAUGAGUUGGGCGAAAGUAAUGCCACGAUCACAUUAAACUUUGACAAUAAAAUUUCUUCAUUUACAUGUUUAUUUAAAGAAAUUAAUUGGUGA